CAGACCUCUGGACACAAACUGUCUGACUCUGGACAGACUGUCUCACUGUCAGAUCAGCUGAACGAGCCCCCCUCGGCAGAUCCUCUCACACCCGUCCAUCUGUCUGUGUGCUCAGAGCGCGAAGCCGCCUCGCGUUCAGACUCAGCAACUGAACCAGGACGACAACCGGAGCUUUAAAUAACUGGAAGCCAGCCGGACAUCUUCUGCCGCCGGCCGCUGAGGAUCAGUGGAAGAGGAAGAAGAUCGUUUGCUCAAAGACACCUCAACAACAGCAGCUGAGGAGGAGGAGGAGGAAGAGGAAGAGGUUACCUGUUGCUCCGUCCCUUCUUCUGUAUCGCAAAUCAGGCUCUGUUCCUCAGGUGAAUCUUGUGCCGACGCAGCUGACAGGUAAAUCUGUAACGGGUCAUGGCAGACUGGAGCCUACUGGGCAACUUCCUGGAGGAGGUGCAGGAGCACUCUACCUCGGUGGGCAAGGUGUGGCUGACAAUCCUGUUUAUCUUCCGCAUCCUGGUGCUCGGGACCGCCGCCGAGUCGUCGUGGGGAGACGAACAGGAAGAUUUCGACUGUGACACUGAACAGCCGGGCUGCGAGAACGUUUGUUACGACCAAGCCUUCCCUAUAGCGCAUAUACGAUACUGGGUGCUCCAGAUCGUGUUUGUGUCCACCCCGAGUCUGAUCUACAUGGGCCACGCCAUGCACACAGUUCGCAGAGAGGAGAAGAGGAGGAGCAGAGAGGAGGAGGGAGGGCAGGGGGGAGGGAGGGAGGAGGACCCGGGAGGGGGUGAAGGAGAAGGAGACCAGCAGGCAGGAGAAGAAGAAAAGGACGAAGGAAAGGAAAAACGAGAAGCUCUGCCAACGGGGCGAGUCCGCCUGAGGGGGGCGCUGUUGCAGACGUACGUGCUGAGCAUCCUGAUACGAAGCAUCAUGGAGGUGGUGUUUCUGUGUCUCCAGUAUUUCCUGUACGGGGUCUUCCUCAAUCCUCUGUAUGUCUGCAAGGCCUGGCCAUGUCCACAUCCGGUGAACUGUUACGUGUCCAGACCAACAGAGAAAAAUGUCUUCAUCGUGUUCAUGCUGGCUGUGUCGGCUGUCUCGCUGGUCCUCAGUGUGCUCGAACUGCAUCACCUGGCGUGGAGACACUGCUGCAGGCGGUUCUUUUACAAAGGGAAGCCCGUCACUCCUGCUAACGCCUCGCAGGCCCGACAGCUCUCUCUGUCUCCUCCUCCGCCGUCAACCCCACCUCCAGAAUUCAGCCAGUGUGUGAUGGGUUCCUCGCACUUCCUCCCCCUACCUUUCCCAAACCACCGUCUGGCUAACCAACAAAACUCAGAGAACAUGGCCACCGAGAAGCACAAAAUGGCCACGGCCGUAGAGGAGGCAAAUCGCCUCAAACUGAGCUGCUACUCGCCUGAAUGGCAAGAGUCCAGGGAGAGUCAGAUCCAAGAUGGCGGAUACAUGAGGUCCUACAGGGAGAUCAGCUGCCCAAAAAUCCAAAGCAGUGGCUCAGACGUGCCGAUGCUUUUCCUGAGCGGAGGACAGUGUCACAGGGACAAACGAAGAUUCAGCAAAACCAGCGGAACGAGCAGCCGAACGAGAGCGGACGACCUGUCGGUUUAGAAAGAAAGCAGAGACGGACGUGAUUCAAGUGCUCACGUGUUCACGCGAUACGCGAAGCUCCUCGCCCACGGCUGGACGAGUCAGAGCCCACGUGUUAGCAUGAAUGCUAACUUCUGUCUUCACUUCCAAUAAAACUAGUGAACUAUUCUGCUAGUUGCUCUCGACCUUUAGCUGCCACAUUUCUCACUGAACCUGAUGGUUUGCAGAAACUUUCAGACUAAAUUAGCUGUACUGUUAACAUGUUAUCUCUGCUGAUGGGAGCUUUUUGUCCGCGUAGCUGCUGAUCACUCUGAACGUCUGGCUGCAACUUUACACAGAUGAUCUACGACAAACGCUGCUUCUUCUGGAGGGUUUUGAGGCGAAUGAUGGGAUAACGUGGAACUGCUGUUAGUCUACUACUUCUUAAAUCUGACAGAUUUACAGUCGUCAAAUCUAUGCAGGACAUUAAAGGCUGAGACGAGGGAGUUCGACCCCUUAAGCAACCAAAGACUUGGCCUAAACUGAAUUUGACUGUUGUGGCUGUUGAAUUCCUCGUCUUCCAGUGAAGUAACAGGAACUUGGUGUGUUUCUGUUGAAGUGUUUUUUCUGCUGUGUAACCAAGAGCCUAGCCUGCUGUGGGCUUGAGUUUUAACUGCAGCAGCGCCUGUUUUAGCCUCACUGGAUGCAGAUGUUGGUCAUCAUAUCACCUGAACACGAAGCAUCUUCACGCUGGCAUUUGUUUUUUUCUUUUUAACAUUUCUUUACUGUUUAAGAGCUUUGUUUUAAUUUCUCAUCCAUGCCCUAAACUGUGCUUCUGUGACGGCCUGCAGUCAGUUUAAAUGACUUCUGGUGAGUAUUGCAGUAAUUUGACAUUACGGUCAUGAACACACCUGGACUGAAGCACCACAGACUACAAACUGUGCAAUAUGAAACACAGGUUGUGUGUUUUGUUUGGUUUCUAGACAAGCCAAAACAAAUUUCCACACACCAUUUGGUGAUUACUGCUAUUAAGAAUAACUUUAAAUUGUUGGUGAUUUCCUAUGUUGUACUUUUAUAUUUAUUAUUGCACUUUAACAAUGUGAAUACUGUAUGUGUUUGAAAAGCUUUGCAGAUAAAACUAUGCAAGAACCUG